AUGUCACCACCCACCACCAUCACCAAACCAAACAAGCCUGGCCAGAGGCACAAAUUGACGUCAUGGGUCUGGAAUAUCGAUGUCGGAGGAGAUCUCGACAGGAAUGAUACACUCUCAAUCAUUCACCGAAUUCACUGGUUCCACGCACACUCCAAGGUUGAUCGCCUCAAAGAAGAGGCCGGCAUCUUACGCUGGGAACUUGAUUCGGUGGGGAGGUAUUUCUCUCACCACGCCGAGAUGUGGAGGGACCGGGCUAUCCAGCACCCAGGCAAUGAUUAUGCAGGGUUCGCUCCGUACUGCUGGAAGUGUGCCGCAAUGUACGACCAUUUAUACCGAGAUGCUCAGCAGACGUAUAGGGAUGUUUAUGCUGACCCGAACAUUUUUACAUAG